AUGGCACCGUCGAAGACCCCCAAGUCCAAGGACGAUAAAACGAAAAAGAGAAAGAGAGAUGUCAGCGACGCAGUCGAGGCGUUGAAGCGCCAGCGUGCGCAAGGUGCAUCACAGACCAACGGCGAAUUGGAUUUGACAAACGGUGAUUCAGCAAACAUCCACAAUGCUGUUACCGGUUUGUCCGAAAAUGAAGCUGGAUGGAGAAUCUCGCGGCCAAUGGGCGGCAGAAUGCUGGACGUUGACCCGAUUCUGACAGAGAACGACCAAUUCUUAAUCCUGACCUAUAACACAUCGAUACAAGUCUAUACUGCGGCAGACUCCCUUCUCGUUCGUCGCAUACCGAUCACCCUCAUUGCACCUGACACUCCGAAGGGCGCCAAAUCAGCCACCAUUGUUUCGACUAAGCAGUCUCGACAAUCGCCCAACCUUCUCUGGGUCGCCUGUUCCGAUGGUAUUAUUUAUCAAAUUGACUGGACAGUUACUGCGAAGGAUCAUAAGAAAUUCCAGACCGCCUCCAAAACUGCUAAGGCUCUUGUGACACUCACGCAUGACAAGUCAGAGAUUGUGGUUGUUGCCGAAUCAGACAAACCCACGCGACUCGAAUUGGUUGCAUACCAGUGGAAUGGCGAAAACGAGCCGUCUUCCAAGAGUCUCGUUACAUUUAAGAAGCCCGGAAACGGUCUUCAACUACUGGAAGUCAGCGCCAAUGGCCAGAUCUUGCUUGGUGCCUUGAACGAUCGCGUUUUCCUUGGCAAGCUGAGCCUGGACGGUGGCAACGGCUUUGAUGCCUUGCAACACGAGUUCUUUUCUUUUGAUGCCCCCGAUUUGGUCACAACAGUCGACGUACGAACUUACAAGAGAAGUGCAAUUGGCAAGAAGAAGACAGAUGCAAGCGAAGUAGUCGAUAUCCUGGUUGGUGGCGCUCGUGGUGGUAUCUACUUGUACCACGAUGCUGUUGCGCGUUGCCAGGCUGAAGGUGGCAAUGCCUCGAACAAGGAAAGCCUUCACGCUCAGAAGUUCCAUUGGCACCGUAAGGCUGUUCAUGCCGUUAAGUGGUCUAGGGAUGGUGCAUAUAUGAUAUCUGGUGGCUCAGAGAACUCUUUGGUACUUUGGCAGAUGGACACUGCAAAGAGAGAGUAUCUGCCUCACUUGGCCGGCAGCGUGGAAAACAUCGUCGUUUCUGCUGACGGUGCUUCUUAUGUUGUCCACCUUGACGACAACUCCACAAUGAUCCUUUCCACAGCCGAGAUGCGCCCUACAGCAUACGUAUCAGGUAUCCAAUCCGCCGUCACCGAAUCCGAAACUCCUAAAGAUCUCCUCGUCAAGCGUGUAUGGGGUGUAGCUGAACAGGUUCAGCGCCCUAUCCCUGCUGCUAUCCGCGCUACGGACCCCUCACGACUCCAUGUCUGUGUUGGCAACGGACGUCAGGCUACAAUGUCCGGCGCUCUCUCAGCACCUCUGCUACAGACCGUCGAUUUGGAAUCGUUUUCGAGCGUGUUAAGACAAGCUCUAGCCCGAACACAGCCCACCGACCUCAACCUCACACACAGAGGCCAGACAAUCGACGAGCCGCUCGUUACACAUGUCAGCUUCUCCGGCGACGGCAAGUGGUUGGCCAGUGUUGAUGACUGGCAGCCACCCUUGCGUGAUAUUGAACAUGUGACUGUUGACCAGCGCGAGCAGUUCAUCCGCGAACGACGUGAAAUCUAUCUCAAGUUCUGGGAAGUGGAAGAAGGAACGGAUUCUAUCGCUCUCGUUUCAAGAGUGAAUGGACCCCAUUCCACUGGCACUGCCAACCCCGUCUUAGACCUGGCAUCUGAUUCCUCCUCGACAUGCUUUGCUACUAUCGGAGGUGACAGCAUUGUGCGUCUGUGGCGCCCCAGAACGAAGCUUCUUAAUGGACAGCCGGUCAAGGGAGCUGGAGGCAAGGAAGUGUCAACCUGGGUUUGCACCGACACAAUCGCCUUGGGUGAAAGCGUCGGCUCUAGUGCUCUGGUUGAAUCUUCAUCGACAAAGAUGGUUGCUACACAGGGCAAGAUUGCUUUCUCGGAAGAUGGAUCAACCAUUCUUGUUGCCUUUGGCUCAGCUGAGACUGGCACCAUCUAUGUAAUCGAUGCUUCGGCUGGAAUGGUAGUCAAGGUCUUGGAGAAUCUGUGGGAUGGCCGCCUUCACUCAGUACAAAUGCUCUCGCAAUACGUUAUUGUGCUUUCAAAGGAGCUUCGCGUAUACGACAUUGUAAGCGACGAGCUCCGCUACGGCAUUGCAGUACCGCAGUUGCCCAACGCACAGGAGAUGCUACAGUUGGCAGUGGACAAGAACUCCGGUCACUUUGCUGUGACAUUACCUACUAGAACCUCGUCGAGCAUUGGAAUUUUCAAUCCUUCCGAGCCGGAACCCGUUCUAGUCCGACACACAACGCAGCGCAUUGUUAGCAUUUCUGCGACGCCAGAUGCUUCUGGUUUCAUCGCUCUCGAUGAUGCUGCGCAAAUUUGGACCAUCACCGAGGGAUCCGAUCCUUCAUCUAUUAUCACUGCUCAGUCGCUACAGGACCUCAACUUGGAUGCACCUGGUCAGACUGAGAAUGGCAUCGACCUCAAUGGCGAUGAUGCCAUGAUGGACGAUGAAGAUGAGGAAGUCGAUGAAGGGCAGGCUGAAGUGGAAGAUGACGAUGACGAGAUGGAUGUCGACGAUGCAUUCCCAGCCAACAUCAUUAGCCAGCAAAGCUUGUCCGACAUUUUUGAUGCUACGCCGGCUUUUGCUGCACCGUCCAUCGAAGACAUGUUUUACAAGGUUACUGGUCUGCUGGCCACGAAGCCACUGUCUGCAUCUGAUUAA